UCGAACUUUCAUGAAUCGGCGAAAAUAGGACGCGCCAAAACAAACCAUUUUCUUCAUCGGGGCUUCAGAGUACAGAGCGACUGUAGCGGUAACCGCCGGGAAUGUCCGUAAUCGGAUGGUAUGGACCUCUGAUUAAUCUCUCCGAAGCUGCUCUUCACGUUGGCGAUUUUGUUCAACUCAUCGUCUUCAUUCAUCGAUCCACUCCUGUUGAGUACAAAUUGUCCAAUGGCGGGGAGGUCAUAAGGACUGACAUCAAGGUAGCUGAUGAUACACGGUCGUUUUUCUCUGUAUCCUUAUGGCAGAAGAAAAUGGCAGCCACAGCAAUUCCAGGCGAUGUUGUAUUGUUGCAGAAUGUGAAACUAAGGAAAUUCGGAGAUUCAAUUGAGGCAACAACUGUUCAUUGUUCUUCCCUAGUUUGUAUAAUCCACCCUUACGAAACACUCGUCUCUGAAGGUGUAGAUGAAUUAACGGCCAAUUAUCGAGCUGGUUUAGCAGCUAAAGAAAGGCUGAGGAGGGUUGUAGAAUGGGCGAAGGGGGCUGGUUCUACCUUCCGCAACAUAAAAUUGCAUAGUGACCAAAAAAUGAACCAUUUCUUCCGCAACUGGAAAUUGCCUGAAAAGGAGAUGUCCAGAGACUGUUUCUCGCUAUCCGAAGUAUCGUGUGUUACUGAAUCAUGCAAGGUCAUUUUUGGUGCAUCGAUUGGGGAAAUCUUUUUGUUAUCCCCCUGGAUGAAUCUUGAUGAACCUCGAAAAGAAAAGUUGUUUGUUAGCAGGCGAUUGUCCAACGAUGAAGAUUUUGGUCUGGCAGAAGAUCUCAUUUCCACCGGUUGUCAGUUGUGUGGUUCACCUUUAGGUCUGGAAAAUAGGUCCGUGGUUGAUCAGAUUUCUGUUCCACUUUAUUGUUCAAAAAGCUUGAACCGCCUUCAUGUAGUAAGCAUGAUAUAUAGGCCUUUCCUGUUAUACGUUUGGGAUGAAUCAGAAUGCAUUCCUCUGCUUGUCAAGAAUCAAGCCGCAGAAAUCUUGUUUGGUAACAUCAAAGCUGAAAAGAUUUACUCCCAUUACAGUUUGCAUAAGUCCAAUUCCCAUCCUAACUCAAAUGCUGUUGCCAAAUCAAGCCAUUCCGGUGCCCCGAUUGCUAAUUCUCCUCGAGCUAUUGGGAAAGGAGACAGGCCUUCUAAAAAUUUAUAUCUCGUCUGGUUGAUCUUUCUGAAAAUGUUGCUAGAACAAGGAAAAAAUAGCCCUCUUAAAUUUGACGUUAUGGUUAAUACCUGCUUGGACAAGGAGAAUGGGAGAUUUGAGAUGGUUUCUUCGACAUUCCCAUGCUCAUUAAUCAACCGGUCUUUGGACUGAGCACAUCUUACAUAUCUUUCGGAGAAACAACGGCCGAGCAAAAGGAAAUUGUGGAUGGACAUCGGAAAUUCGAUAGGGUUACAGAUCCAUGGGAAGCAAAACUGAAUUUUUGGUAGCCGAUUCAUAAAUUAGAUUCUAAUUUAAAUAAUUGUUCAUAAUUAGUUAUCCAUUAAAUAUUGAGUUAAAUAUAAAUGAUGAUUAAUUAAUUUACGAACAUGUUUUAUGUUAAAAAUUGUAAUAUAUUAUAUUAUACACAUUUUAAUCUAAUAAAAAUUACUAGAGCUCAUAACAUGAAAUGUUAAAU